AAAGCUGACACGACACGACACAACCCUCACCGCCUCACUGAUCACGCACCCUGCUUUCCUUCCUCCGUCCCUCGCCAACCUCAAAUCUUUGAUAUUUCUUCCCCAAAACCAAAACCAAAUUACUUUUUAUAUCUCUCGCAAUCCUCUCUAACCUUUACCCCUUAUUUUCUCUCUGUCUCUCUCUCUCUCUCAUAUUCCUGCGCUUUGCCACCGCUUCAAUUCCUAAUUUGUUUCAAUGUCGGUAAGAACUGUGAAAGUCAGCAACGUCUCCUUAGGUGCAACUGACCAGGACAUAAAGGAAUUCUUUUCAUUUUCUGGUGAAAUUGAAUAUGUGGAAAUGCACAGUGAGAAUGAGCGGUCUCAGAUUGCUUAUGUUACCUUUAAGGAUCCUCAGGGCGCAGAGACUGCGGUUCUUCUAUCGGGAUCAACAAUAGUUGACCAGUCCAUUGCCAUAGCUCUUGCACCAGAUUACAAGUUGCCACCCACUGCUUCAGUAACACCUAUUUCCACAGAGAACAAAAGUGCCGGUGCUGCCGGGUCUGCUGUCCAAAAGGCAGAGGAUGUUGUCAGCAGCAUGUUGGCCAAGGGCUUCAUAUUGGGCAAAGAUGCGGUCAACCAAGCCAAGGCUUUUGAUAAGAAGCACCAGUUCACUUCCACUGCCACGGCCAAAGUUGCUUCCCUGGACCAGAAGAUCGGUCUUAGUGAGAAGAUCGGCGUGGGCACCACUAUAGUGAACGACAAAGUGAAGGAAAUGGACGAGAAGUUCCAAGUUUCUGAAAAGACCAAGUCUGCCUUUGCAGCUGCUGAGCAGAAAGUUAGUACUGCUGGAUCUGCGAUCAUGAAGAACCGCUAUAUUUUGACGGGGACUUCGUGGGUUACGGGUGCUUUCAAUAGGGCUGUAAAGGCCGCAGGAGAUGUGGGACAGAAGACUAAGGAAAAAGUGGCGGAGGAAGAACAGGGAAGAAAUCCAGCAGAGGAGGGUCAUUCUCAGCUUAAUAAUCCAGCAGAGCAGGGAAGAAAUCCAGCAGAUGUGGGUCAGAAGACUAAGGAAAAAGUGGCGGAGGAAGAACAGGGAAGAAAUCCAGCAGAGGAGGGUCAUUCUCAGCUUAAUAAUCCAGCAGAGCAGGGAAGAAAUCCAGCAGAUGUGGGUCAGAAGACUAAGGAAAAAGUGGCGGAGGAAGAACAGGGAAGAAAUCCAGCAGAGGAGGGUCAUUCUCAGCUUAAUAAUCCAGCAGAGCAGGGAAGAAAUCCAGCAGAUGUGGGUCAGAAGACUAAGGAAAAAGUGGCGGAGGAAGAACAGGGAAGAAAUCCAGCAGAGGAGGGUCAUUCUCAGCUUAAUAAUCCAGCAGAGCAGGGAAGAAAUCCAGCAGAUGUGGGUCAGAAGACUAAGGAAAAAGUGGCGGAGGAAGAACAGGGAAGAAAUCCAGCAGAGGAGGGUCAUUCUCAGCUUAAUAAUCCAGCAGAGCAGGGAAGAAAUCCAGCAGAUGUGGGUCAGAAGACUAAGGAAAAAGUGGCGGAGGAAGAACAGGGAAGAAAUCCAGCAGAGGAGGGUCAUUCUCAGCUUAAUAAUCCAGCAGAGCAGGGAAGAAAUCCAGCAGAUGUGGGUCAGAAGACUAAGGAAAAAGUGGCGGAGGAAGAACAGGGAAGAAAUCCAGCAGAGGAGGGUCAUUCUCAGCUUAAUAAUCCAGCAGAGCAGGGAAGAAAUCCAGCAGAUGUGGGUCAGAAGACUAAGGAAAAAGUGGCGGAGGAAGAACAGGGAAGAAAUCCAGCAGAGGAGGGUCAUUCUCAGCUUAAUAAUCCAGCAGAGCAGGGAAGAAAUCCAGCAGAUGUGGGUCAGAAGACUAAGGAAAAAGUGGCGGAGGAAGAACAGGGAAGAAAUCCAGCAGAGGAGGGUCAUUCUCAGCUUAAUAAUCCAGCAGAGCAGGGAAGAAAUCCAGCAGAUGUGGGUCAGAAGACUAAGGAAAAAGUGGCGGAGGAAGAACAGGGAAGAAAUCCAGCAGAGGAGGGUCAUUCUCAGCUUAAUAAUCCAGCAGAGCAGGGAAGAAAUCCAGCAGAUGUGGGUCAGAAGACUAAGGAAAAAGUGGCGGAGGAAGAACAGGGAAGAAAUCCAGCAGAGGAGGGUCAUUCUCAGCUUAAUAAUCCAGCAGAGCAGGGAAGAAAUCCAGCAGAUGUGGGUCAGAAGACUAAGGAAAAAGUGGCGGAGGAAGAACAGGGAAGAAAUCCAGCAGAGGAGGGUCAUUCUCAGCUUAAUAAUCCAGCAGAGCAGGGAAGAAAUCCAGCAGAUGUGGGUCAGAAGACUAAGGAAAAAGUGGCGGAGGAAGAACAGGGAAGAAAUCCAGCAGAGGAGGGUCAUUCUCAGCUUAAUAAUCCAGCAGAGCAGGGAAGAAAUCCAGCAGAUGUGGGUCAGAAGACUAAGGAAAAAGUGGCGGAGGAAGAACAGGGAAGAAAUCCAGCAGAGGAGGGUCAUUCUCAGCUUAAUAAUCCAGCAGAGCAGGGAAGAAAUCCAGCAGAUGUGGGUCAGAAGACUAAGGAAAAAGUGGCGGAGGAAGAACAGGGAAGAAAUCCAGCAGAGGAGGGUCAUUCUCAGCUUAAUAAUCCAGCAGAGCAGGGAAGAAAUCCAGCAGAUGUGGGUCAGAAGACUAAGGAAAAAGUGGCGGAGGAAGAACAGGGAAGAAAUCCAGCAGAGGAGGGUCAUUCUCAGCUUAAUAAUCCAGCAGAGCAGGGAAGAAAUCCAGCAGAUGUGGGUCAGAAGACUAAGGAAAAAGUGGCGGAGGAAGAACAGGGAAGAAAUCCAGCAGAGGAGGGUCAUUCUCAGCUUAAUAAUCCGAUCCAGAAUUCAUAA